AUGUCACCUUACAUCACAGCGGGCCGUAAGCCAGGACAGAUUGUUGGACAUUCUCACGCGCAAACGAUUCUGUUUAUAUCAAAGUAUAUCAGUCAUGGUUGCUUUCUUCAAGACGUGGUAUCUAAUUGUGGAUGGGAAACGACUGACUAUGACUGGGACAAAGUUCCAUUAGUAACACAAGAUUAUGAGGUGGAAGAUGUAAACGACCUUAAGAAAGCAAUUAAAUGUGACGCGCCAAAUAGUCUCCAAGACUAUGAUACUAUGAAUCUUGUUGAUAAUUAUUAA